GCGGCUUGUCUCAGGGUGGGGGAGGGGUUAAGCAGGCCUUUGGUUGCCAUGGCAACCAGCGGCAAAGGGAGGUGAUGAAGGGGUGAAGAUACUAGUGGCGAAUAAGGAGAAUGGGCACUGCCUUUCUUUACGGAUCAGGGCGGUGGCCACCUGAUUCAGAGCUGGGAGAGGCCUCCCUAGAGCCGGCCAGCCCAACCUUUUCAUUUUUACAGAUAAAGAAACCGAGGUACGGAGAGGAAGCGACCUCUCCCUCUCCUGCGUGGACCCUGAGUGAGCCGGCCAGAGCGUGGGCCGUCUCGGUCACAGUCACUGACGGCCCCUCGCGCCCUUCCUCACAGACCUUGAUGGAACAGCUGGAGAAGGAGGCCAUGCUGAGCGAACGUAGAUAUGAGGGCUCUUUCACAUCGACCCUGAAGACUCUUCUGGUUUUCUCUGCUCUGAUGAUCACUUUGCCCAUUGGAUUAUAUUUCUCUUCCAAAUCUUACGUGUUUGAAGGUACUUUGGGAAUGUCCAAUAGAGACAGCUACUUCUAUGCAGCGAUUGUUGCUGUCGUGUCUGUUCACCUGAUACUUGCCCUCUUCGUGUACUUUGCCUGGAAUGAAGGCUCACGCCAGUGGCGGGAAGGCAAACAAGACUGAUGGAACACCCCGUUUUGAUAAUAGUUAGAAUAAGGAAAUAGGUGCAGGGAACACAUUUAGGAUUAAGCUAAGAUUCAGGAAGAUGUUUAAGGCUCUCCAUCUAAGGAGUCAUGCUCCUUAGUCAUUUGUGAAAUCUAUGGUCAUUUCACUCAUGCUGGUUCAAAAAAAACUUUAGAAAGUCAGCUGGUUGGAAUUAAUGGGCAAAAAAUUCCACCUUUUCAAGAAGAAAAAAUAUUUGUCAGUGUUUUGUUGUAUUAUAUGUAAAAUUGUCCAUGAUACCUGCAGGUGUUGUCAAGCAUAUUAAACUGCAUUUUACACUGGAAAUGAGUAAAAACUGUUUAGGCCAAUAGAUUGUCUUUUGGUUUUCUUUUCAUGUAGAUAAGUGCUUAGGAUUUAGAUACUGAAAUUAAUCUUUUAAAACAAAAAUAUAUUUCUCAAUGUUUUGUUGUAUUACAUGCAAAAUUGUUCAGGAUACAUGCGGGUUUUAACUAGCAAAUUAAACUGCACUUUAUACUGGAAAUGAGUAAAAACUACUCAGGUCAUUAGACUGUUUUUUUGUUUUCAUCUCAUGUAGAUAAAUGCUCAGGUUUUAGACCCUGAAAUAAAUCUUUCCCAGAAAUUUUGCACAUUAAGAUUUAUUCAAUAGUGUGAAUUUUUCUGUAUGUUAUUUUAAGCAAAAAUGAAUAAAUCCCAUCCAUUCAUAUUGAAA